AUGAUUCACAGCAACAGUCUGAGCAAAAUGAAUGGCCUAAAGAACCAAAUGGUCCCGGUGAUGCUGGAGAUGCAGACGGCUCAGGUGACCCCAGUGAAAGGCACAAACAACAGCGCGCAGCUGCGCGUAGGGAAGGCAGACUUCAACAGCAUCUACUUGGACAUUCUAAAUAUCCACGACUCGAUUGUGAAUCAUUUACAGACGAUAGUAAUUCAUGUGUACAGCCUGGUGGAGAAGUCGCUGCGCUUCUCAAGGGGGGAUUCCUCCAAAGAAUUACACACUGGAGGUGGUCCCCACCGUAGUGCCUCUAACGCCAACCCUAGCUGUGCUAACAUCACCAAUGAUGAACACAGUGACUCAGCCGGAGGGGGAGGUGCUCCUUCCUCAAGUGGAGCCAUACGUACAGGGGAAAAACAACCCUUUACAGAGGUGGACAGAAAUGCACACGUAAAAAUAGAACCCGAGGAAGGGAAUAGCAGGGGGAGUUCCGAGCAUGCCAAUGUGGGGCAUAGAAAGAUGCCAAAUAACCAGAUGGACACACUAGCAGACAGUUCUGAGACAAGGAUGAUGGAUCCAACCGAUGAGGGAAGAACUAACCAAUCGGUAAGUACCCACAUCCGUGGGGAAUACCACGAAGGGGAGGAGAACACCCCAUCGAUUAACACUGCAAAGGAGUUGAAGUGCACCAAUGAGCUAGCUAAAAUGAUAUGCAAUUACGAUGCGCCGGUAGAGUUAAUCAUUAACCAGAUUGAGUCCAAAAAAAAUAAAUGUGAAAAGACCCAUGGGGAAAAUCCCCACAAGGGUAACAACCCAAAUGUAGAGGAAGUGAUAAAGGAAAAUAAACUGAACCUGAGGAAGCACAUUGUCCUGUUGGAACUUCUGAAGCACGUCAUGGUGCACUCAAGUAAUGCUACAGUCGAUUUGAAUAGAGACCAAAUGGGGAGCGCACAAAUGGGAGGGAAUAAUGACACCCACAGGUUAAAAAAAAAUUGGGAUUUUCUAAAAAGGAGAGUAAACCCAGAUGAGAGCAUCUGCUGUGAUUACAACUUUUGCAACGCGAAUUUUUCCGGCAUCAAUAUAGGGGACCUUAAUAUUAUUAGCUACUACAUGGAUUUACUUUCCCCCUUCAAUAAGUUCCACGGGGAGAGGCGCGGGGGGGACAGUCAGUUGGGGGAGAGUUCCCUGGGUGGAGAGGCAGAUGGGGAGGAAGCUGGAGACGCAGACGGAGACAUAUAUGAAGACACCGCUGAACACGCACAGCUCACACUCGUGAGGAAGAAGCUGGACGACAUUGCGCUCAAUUAUGACUACCUCGUGGAGGACAUCCUAAAGAACAACAACGUUAACGGAUUUAAUGAAAGUUACCUGUACGGUUGGAAGGACAAAAUCCUGCAGGGGGGAGAUGCGGAAAGGGCAAGCGGUAUCCUUCCGAGCGAUCUUAAGAGUCAACCAAAUGGAGAUGUGCACAGUGGAAGGUACGUCGGGGGUGCUUCCAUUGGGAGUGGUACCGUUUUGUCCAGACACACCCCAUACAGUCACUUCGCACAUACCGUCGAAGGUGUACGUGAGCUUCCGAACGAGCACUUCCUGCGUAGUGUGAACCCGUUUCCCGGCGGCAACUCACAGGAGGGGGAAGUCCCCAAUUGGGGUCCCCCCAGUGGGAGCAUUACAGGUAUGGCGAGUGUAGCCCUUAGACCCGGUAGAAACAACCCCAUCGGUGGAAAGGCAGUCCAUCACAACGGCAUCGUGCCGAAGGGGUGUACCUUCGCGGACGGAGGGGGGGCCCUCCACCAGGGGGGAAAUCGCAUCAGUGAUGAGGGGCGACGCGGUGAUGGCAGAAACCCUUACGACAACUUGCUGUGCGAAAAGGCGCAGAGUUACAACCCCCCCUACAACGUUAGCGGAAGUACCUCCAAUCAGGUCAGCUCCACAGAUACGAAUUACCCUCACGCAAUAUGGAUGAAUCAAAUUUCGAAGGAACACGGGGAGAAUUCAAAUGAGCCAAUUACAGAUGACACCGUGAUGAAGCAUGACCACUACUCUGCCCCGACAAUGCUCAGACAGGAAAGUAAUCUCAUGCCGCAGGACAGGUACAACCAAAUUGGAAACGAUCAUUAUGGGGAGCAUUACAAGGGAGGGUAUGCAAGUGCGAAAAACGGCUUCAGCAGUUACUUAGGCAAUUUUAAAAACGGCAUAAAAAUGGAGGGAAAAAAAGAACACUUCUUGGGAGGAUCAGAAAUCACCACAUGCACAGGUCAGAACUAUUCGAAUGACACGAACAGUGGCGAUCUGUGGGGGCGCCACCCUGUCGGUGCGCUUCAUGCGGAGGGAAGGGGACACCUGGGCGAAGCGAAAAGAAGUGAAAACGAGGGGGACAAUCCGCCCAGUUGGGAGAGUUCGCAUCGUGCGAAUAACACGAAUGAUGCGAAUGAUGCGAAUUAUUUGCAUCUUGCGCAUGCUCGGAGCGGAAGCAGGGAGGCCCGCCGCCACCAUGGUGGGGAUACUAGAAGGGACACAGAAACGACGCACGCCAGGGUGAGGAGCAACAAACAUGAUGGCAGUCACUACGCAAACGAUAAGCACUUCUUCAGUGCCACCGCCGUCUUUGAUGAUGGUGCACACGCACGCGGCUUUAAUGCCAAGAGGGGCAAUCCUCCCAGUGGAGGCGCAUCAAAAGGGACCCCCUUCGAUGGGCGAUUCAGUGUGCACAUGGAAGGAGGGCAGAUGGAAGGAGAGCAGAUGGAAAAUGCUUCCCCUAACAGGGACAACGACUCCUCGGUGAGGAAAAUGCCAACGAGUUCGUUGGUCGAGAUGCACCACAAAAGUGGGGAUGACAGUUUGGAUACCCAAUUUUGUACUUAUCUCCCCAGGAGUAACAGCCUUAACAGUUACAAUAGACCGAGUUGCUUCUCCUCCUACGCUCAGCACCUUCGGGGUGGCUUGCCCAGUUGGGACCCACAAAACUAUAAUAGCCUCACCGAUGGAGGUACCAAUUAUGGGAGCUAUAAAAAUAGGCAAUGCAAUGAUGGGAGCAGCGGAAGAUGCAACAACAAUACGGAUGGAAGGGGCAGCAAUAACAGCGGGGGGUACAGCCACAGUGGCGGCGGUGGCAACAAGGGAGUCGGCCGAAGCAAUGACAGCGGCAGUAACGAUAACGAUGGUGAUGACGACGAAAAUGGGGAGCAUCGGCAGAGGGGGAGGAGGGACUACUACGAUGAGAAGGAAGACGAGGAGGAAGAGGAGGACGAAAAUGAGCAUCAAAAUGGACAUCAAAAUGGACAUCAAAAUGAGCAUCAAAAGGACGGACGUGGGAAGGGCCAUCCUGCCGAUCAUCCCAAUCAACACACUUUGCCAGAUGGCACAGAAAAACCAACAAACAAUCAGUUUCAUAUGAAUACGAAUGAUGGGUGCGAACGAGAGCAGCAUAAUGGAGCCAAUCAGAGCAAUUCUGAAAGUCGGGCUGGUGAUCCUAACGCACAUUCGCAGGGGAACGAACGAGGGGAGUCCUUUCUGGAGGAUCACCAGUUGAUAGAGUCAGCCAUGAACGAAGCGAAGUUCGAGCGGCAUGGGAACAGUUCGGGGGCCCCCAACAGGCUCAGUGUGGACGGCGCGAGGAGCCAGCUGGGCAGGUCACACAGGGGGAGGCAGCCGAGCCAGACUAAUCUGCCAAACCAGGCUAAUAUGCCAAACCUGCCUAACCUGCCGAACCUCCCUGACGGUACCCCCCUGGGCAGCUCGUGCACCUUCAUCCCCUUUGGCGGCCAAGUCAGCUUCCAAGACCCAUCCAACUACGGCCCCUAUGGGGGAUUCGAGAACUUUGGCAACUACGUCAGUUACAGCAACUUUGGCGAUCGCAGUUACGGGAGUUACACCAACUGUGGCACCUUCUCCAAUUCGAGCGGAGUGCAGCCAAGGAGGGUCGACAGGGCAGUAGCGCGAAGUGCCCUAACGCAUAGCGGAGUGGAGACGCCAGAGGGGAGAAGCAGAGUCCUCCCGCCUGACGAGUUGAGGAUUCGAAGCGGGGCAGGCGGUGCAGGCGGUCCUAUGGGUGCGAACAACCAGGUGCAGCUUCAUAACCAGAUGAGCAGUCCGAUGAGCAGACCGAUGAGCAGUCAUAUGAGCAGUCAUAUGAGCAGUCAUAUGAGUAGUCAGCUGAACAGUCAGCUGAACAACGAGCUGUACCGCCCACACAGAGACGCACAGAACAACGCAGGGGAAAGAAACAGACCCAAGUGUAAACCCAGCAUGGUGAAGGUGGGGGAGAAAAACGAAAGCAUGGGACACGAUUUUAUUAACUUCACGAACAGUGCCUACGUAGACAUUCACAAAAUAAUACAAAACGACGAUCUGUUGAAGAAUGAGUUGACCGGAUUGGAAGAGUCUCUCCAGCUAGCCAACGCAGCGAGCAAGGGCAGUAAAAAAAACACAGCCAAAUAUAACUCCAAUGAGUUGGAAAUCCUGAUGAUGUACGAUAGCUGCAAAAAUAUGCUCAAGUCGUGCAGCAUGCUACGAAAUGAAGAAAUGAAGAACGCAGGUGCAGAGGCAGAUGCGGAUGAGUACCUGCUGAAUGAGACCUGCAUCCCGGCCAACGUCCUAACCAACAGCGAAAUGAUGAGCGACAGUUUGAAUGCAGAUAUAGAGAAGAUCAUUGACAUCAUGAGCACAAGUAAGGUGAAAGGGGGGGCAAUCCACUAUGGAGGAACGGCCGAACGAGGUGGACGGUACCCUCCUCCGUUGUGUUGCCGACGACCCCUGAGGCGUAUCUCCCCUCCCCCGUCACGCACACUCCUCAUCACUUCUCUGUACUUCACUCUAUAUCACUUCACUGCACUUCACUCCAUUUUACUCUACUUUCUUUUCCCCCUCCUUUGCUUAACAGACAUGCAGGCGAAAGGCAAAGACAAGAAGCGGAAGCUGAGCUCCAUCGGCUGCCCUCCAAACGACCGCGCCUUCCCCAACGGGGAGAAGAACCCAGAACAUGGGGGGGACAAGUCCAGCUCGAAAAAAAUGCCCAGGAGCUCAGAAGACAAAAGGAAGAAGUAUCAAAAAAUGGACAUAAGAACAUUAAACAAAAGCGUGCAGAAAAAUAAAGAGGUCUGCAAGAAUUGCUACAUCCACUACGACAAUAGCAAGUCCAGUUACAUCCUCACCUUCAUAAAUAGGAAGCAGAAAAAGCAGAGGAAGCUCUUCCCCGUCAACCCAAAUGAAAAGGACGAGGCCUACGUCAUUCAAAUUAUGAAUUAUAUUGAAAAGCUAAAGGAUCAAGAAAAAAUAUUUGGGAUUAGCAAAAACGACGAGAUGGGGGCUUUGCAAAGGGGUGAGCCCGCUAAUCUGCACAGAAGCGAGGGAGGAAAAAACGCUGCAGACAGACGCAGUUACGAGAAAGACCAAAGGGUGCAAGAAAAACACAUGGUCAGCGAACCAUACGGAGAAGCAAACCUGCCGAAGAAAAACGAAAUGUGCCCAACCAACCUGAACUUGUUAAACAAAAAAAUGAACAAUUUUCUGAGUGGCAUAAACGACCAGCUGUACAUGGACCCCUCGAUGAAUUUCAUCCCAGAGCAUCUGCCGUUUAUCCCGAACGUGGGGGGAAAUCCCAAUAUGGGCCACGUGAAUAUCUACGACGAUGUGAAUGCCCCCUCCGGGGUUGAUUACGUUAACUUUAAUUUACUAAACGAGGGGCACUCGUUUGAAAAUAUGCACCUGAUGAACCAGUGCAGCGGAAGCGUCCAGAAUGUAAACCCUUUUUUUAAGCUCCACUCCAAGAAGGGGGAUUUCUCCGCGCGGGGGAAUGACCAAUAUGUGGGGGGGGAGGGUGUCCACGGCGGGGUUCCCACCGAUAUGAACAGCAAUAUGAACAGCAAUAUGAACAACAAUAGCAAUAACACCAGUUGCCGCAACGUCGGUUCGGGAAUGAGCAGCCUCGCGGGUCGGCGAGGGAACAGGCGCGCCGGUCAGGUCGGCGGGGGGAGUCACACCGGGGGCGGCCACAACGGGAGCGGUCACAACGGGAGCGGUCACAACGGGAGCGGUCACAACCGCAGCAGUCACAAUGGGGGGAACCGCUCCAGCAACAGCCCCUUCGCACCGAACACGUACGAAAGCGCCAUGAUGCACCAGGCCAUGAAGAACGCCAUGUACCCGUGCGAAAGUAACCAGGCGAUGAGUCACCAGAAGGGUCCCAGCAGUGCCAACCCCACCAACGCGAACGACGAGUUCGGCCCGAUGAAUAUGUUCACCAACGCGAGUUUUCCCAACUACAACCAGGGCAACAUGCCCAAUAGCUGCGAAAGCGAAAUGAUGCAUCACUACAAUUCAGUGAUGAAUGACUAUGGGGACAGCAUGCUCGUCGAAUCGAACUACGAUAGCGACCGGGUCACUGCCGGGGGGCGUACCAUGCAGCACAACGAGUGA